UCUCUCCGCUAAUAUUUUUCUCUCUCUCUCUCUCUCUCUCUCUCUCUCCGAGCAAAACCGCAUCCCCGCGAUGGCGUCUCUGCUCUCCCGCCCCACGAACGCCGCCCUCCCAAACUGUAAUCGCCUUCACGGCGGCGAUCCUCUCCGCGCAUUCGCCGCGACGCCAAUCGCCCUCCCCACCAGCUCACGCUCGCGCUUCAUUUCAAAUCACCCGGUCAACCUCAUCGCCUCCGUUGCGAACCGGUCUAGGUCUCGUGUUUGUAAUCCUAAAAGCAGUGAAGAGGAUGAAGCUUCCGUCCAAGAGCUCAGAAUUCCCAACCAUUGGUUGCUUGCUCCCAAGGCUCUGGAGGAAUCUGAGUGGCUCAGAGUUUCUCUGCAUAAAUGGCUGGACGACGAGUACUGCCCGGAGGAGACUAAUGUCCAGAUCAGCAAGGUUGCUGCAAGCUCGUACUACCGCUCCUUGUUGGAGAAGCAAACCGACCUGGGUGACAUCCUGUUAAACAUGGCUAGAGAAUUGGAUUCGAUCUCCUAUAAGGAUAGCUUUCAUGGAGCAUUCUCGUCAGCGAAUGCAGCUAUUGAUUUGAUUUGUCAGCGGAUAGAGCAGUCAUAGCGAACUCACAUCAUGAAGCAGAAGAAGAGGAAGAAGAAGAAGGAGGAGGAGGGUGCACACCUUAGAGCAAUUCUCAGUCUCCUUCCAAGCAUAGUUUGAGAUGAUGUCUCAGAGAAAGAUGAGAUGGAUCAGAGAGAGAGAGAGAGAGAGAUAUUCUAUUGUGUUCAUGUGAGAAGUUCUGUGGUGUUCGUGUGACAUUAGCGGACACAGUCACAACAGGCCAAAGCGGGAGAAGAAGACAGCAUAGUGACUGUACUUGUCACCGGAAGAUGUUCUGCACUCGCAAGUUGUGUGCUGCUCUUGACGCAGUCGUAUCGAGGUAGACAAUUUCGCUGUGGCUUGAAGGAGUAAAAGGGGCACGGAACAUUUUGUUCCCA